ACUUGAUAUUCCACAACUCACUCAUUUCAUCAUAUUUCCAUCGAGAGAAAUUUUACAAUAAAAUGGCUCUCCAACAUGCUUCUUUCUUGUCCUUCCUUCUCUUGGCUUUGCUAACAAUUUCAACUGCUAGUGAUUCUUAUUCUUACAACCCUACUCCAUCAUACAAGACACCAACCUAUUCUCCGGUUUACACUCCUUCCCCAGUUUACAAAUCUCCUGUUUACACCUCAUCUCCAGUGUACAAAUCCCCAGUUUACACACCGUCCCCUAUGUACAAAUCACCAGUUUACACACCAUCCCCUGUGUACAAGUCACCAAUUUACAAGUCACCGAUUUAUACCCCAUCCCCGGUUUACAAGUCACCAGUUUACACUCCAUCACCGGUUUACAAGUCACCAGUGUCCACUCCAUCCCCCGUAUACAAGUCUCCAGUAUACACUCCAUCGCCCGUAUAUAAGUCUCCUGUUUACACCCCAUCACCGAUUUAUAAGUCUCCAGUUUACACUCCAUCACCUGUGUACAAGUCACCGAUUUACACUCCAUCGCCUGUUUACAAGUCUCCAGUUUACACUCCAUCCCCUGUUUAUACCCCAUCUCCGGUGUACAAGUCUCCAGUUUACACCCCAAGCCCAGUGUACAAAUCCCCUAUUUACACUCCAAAGCCGAUGUAUAAGUCCCCUGUUUAUACCCCGUCCCCAGUGUAUAAGCCUCCAGUUUACACCCCAUCCCCAGUGUACAAGUCUCCAGUUUACACUCCAUCUCCGGUUUACAAGUCUCCAAUUUAUACCCCAUCUCCGGUUUACAAGUCUCCAAUUUAUACCCCAUCCCCAGUUUACAAGUCUCCAGUUUAUACCCCAUCCCCGGUUUACAAGUCUCCAGUUUACACCCAAUCACCGGUGUACAAGUCUCCAGUUUACACUCCAUCGCCGGUUUACAAAUCGCCAGUUUACACUCCAUCUCCUGUUUACAAGUCUCCAGUUUACACCACCCCAUCACCAGUGUACAAAUCACCUGUUUACACUCCAUCGCCGAUCUACAAGUCACCAGUUUACACUCCAUCUCCUGUUUACAAGUCACCGGUUUACACCCCUUCUCCAGUGUAUAAGACUCCUAUAUACACCCCAUCACCGAUUUACAAAUCUCCUGUUUACUCUCCUUCCCCAGUUUACAAAGCCCCUGCGUAUACUCCAAGUCCUUCAUAUGGGUAUUAAGAGGAUACUUAGCCAAAUAAUGGUUUUAGUUUUGUUUGCACAAUAUUUUAAGUAACUCAGAAUGAGGUUGGGUGAAUUGUUGUUCUAUUACGUGUUAUUGUAUUUUACUUCUUUAUUUAUAUUCAAAUGAAUGAAUAAUUUAUUUAAUUAUC